AUGGCCCUAGAUGAUGCCUACAUGAAUAAGAGCAUGUUAGAGGCUAUGGCGACUGCGAAUAAAGCAAUGAAGGGAAUUCACAAAAAUCUCAAUGUUGACAAAGUUCAGGAUAUGAUGGAUGAUAUAACUGAGCAGCAGGAUAUUGCCAGGGAAAUAGCGGAUGCUAUUAGUAAACCGUCUGGUGCAGUGGAUUAUGAUGAUGAUGAACUGCUUGAGGAGCUCGAGUUGCUCGAGGUAACACAAUUCUAUUUCAUUCUAACUUGA